UCAAAUUUUAUUGCUCGUUUGCGGUAAUUGUCACAGUACUAUCGAGUUUAUUUUAUUAAUUUACUUUAAUGAAAUGUAAAUAAAAAUAUUUGGAUGGACCUCGAGAGUGCAAUAAGCAAACAAGACCUAAUACAAACACUCUAAGUUUACAGUUGAUAUCAUAACCUUCUUGGUGAUCAGCUGGGUAAACAUUUAACGAGAGCUAGCGGUAAUUUUCCUAGAAAAUGAGAAUAUCGCUACGAUUACUUUCAUCUGCUGUGCAGAAAACACCGUUUUAUAUUACUACGCCAAUAUUUUAUGUGAAUGCAGCGCCUCAUUUGGGUCACCUCUACACAGCUGUAGUAGCAGAUGCAAUACAAAGAUUUGAGAAGCUCACAAACCCUGAUUGUCAAGUCAUUUUUAGUACAGGCACAGACGAGCAUGGCACAAAGAUCCAGCAGGCGGCUGCUAAAGCCAAGCUGUCUCUGCCGGAGUACUGCAGCAAUGUCUCCAACGAGUACAAGCAGCUGUUCCGAGACUUCAACGUGGACUACACUGACUUCAUACGGACUACCGAGGAGAGGCAUAAGGUCGCUGUCAGACAUUUUUGGAAUAAACUGGUGCAGAAAGAUUACGUGUACAAGUCCAAGUACAGCGGCUGGUACAGUGUGAACGACGAGGCAUUCGUGCCGGAGACACACGUCAAGGAUGAAGUUAGGGACGGGGAGAAUGUGAAAGUAUCGAUAGAGUCUGGCCACAAGGUAGAAUGGACGGAGGAGACUAACUACAUGUUCCGACUGAGCGCUUUCAAAUCACAUCUACAGCAGUGGCUGAAGAAUGACGGCGUGAUAACCCCGUCGAAGUUUCAGAAGCAACUGCAGGAGAUGUUGGCGACCGACGCGUACCUGCCCGACAUAUCGGUCAGUCGGCCGUCCAACCGGGUGCACUGGGCUAUACGGGUACCAGGCGACGAGGAGCAGAGUAUCUACGUGUGGCUGGACGCGCUGGUGAACUACCUGACGGUGGCGGGGUACCCCGACCGGGCCGCCAUGGUGGACCGCGGCAGGCCCUGGCCCGCUGACGUACAUGUCGUCGGGAAGGACAUACUCAAGUUCCACGGCAUCUACUGGCCGGCGUUCCUGAUGGCCAUCAAGUGGCACCCGCCGCGGCGUCUGCUGGUCCACUCGCACUGGACGGUGGACGGCGCCAAGAUGUCCAAGUCGCUGGGCAACGUCGUCUGUCCGCGGGCCACGCCCGUGGAGUACGACGCGCUGCGCUAUCUACUGCUCCGGGAGGCCACCAUGGCUAGUGAUGCUAACUUCAGCCUAACGAAACUGAUAAACGUGGCUAACUCGGAGCUAGCGGAUAGCCUGGGCAACCUAGCGUCAAGAUGUUGCGGCACGGCACUGAACCCGCUGCAGGAGUUCCCCGCGCUACAGCCCACGGAGUUCACCCAGCUGUUGCAGGGGGAACACGCUGCGCUACUCGUCGAGUACGUCGAGGCGCUGCCCGAAAUAUGCUACACCCACUACAAAAACUACCAAUUCUACAAAGCAGUGGACGCCGUUAUAAAAGUGUUGCACGUAGCAAACCUGUUCUUUGAAACUACAAAACCGUGGGAACUGCGCAAGAACCCAGAAAAACAGAAAGAACUCGACGUUAUUUUACACGUUACCAUGGAAACGCUAAGAAUAUGCGGCAUUGUACUCCAACCAAUUAUACCAGAGAUGUCGAAAAAACUACUGGAUAAACUACAAAUUGGUAGCAAUUGCAGAAGUUGGCAACACUGCGAGACGCCAUCUUGGCGUUUGAAGGGCGCCAUUUAUGAAACUAAGCACAUUCAGAGCGGGAAGUUCGUUCUGUUUCAACGAAUUUAUGAGAAGAAAGCUAAAGUUGAGAGACAAGUGCAGGUUGAAAAGAAAAAAGCUCAAAAGAAAAAGGUUUCUGUUUAAGGUAUGUAUUUUAAACUAAGUAGCUAGACACGGGUUUUAGAAUUGAUCGUUAUUGUUUUAAUAUUAAGUAGUGGUUUCUCAAAGGACAGUUGUAAUCUUUUUAAUCAUUUCUAAGGGUCGAUUUAUAAUAGCGCAAAGUCGAAGCGCAUCGAAGCGUCUAUCCAAAACUGCACAUAACAAAUUCAACCUUAACUCCACAGCGUAAGGGUCAAUUUAUACUAGCGCAGAGUCGAAGCGUUCGCGCGCAGACGCGCGUAUUUCGGCCAAUGCGCGUGCCUUUGUAAAAUCUCAGAAGUAAUGUGUGCGUUACGCUGUGGAGUUAAGGUUGAAUUUGUUAUGUUCAGUUUUGGAAAGACGCUUCGACUCUGUGCUAGUAUAAAUUGAACCUUAUUUGUGUUCCUGUACAGUCAAUGUCAAAAUGUAAAUUGUUAUAUUCGAUGAUUAUGUAAAAGUGUAGCCAUUUUAUAACGUAAUUUGAUUUGGUAGUAAUACUUUAUUUUAACUUAAAAUCACGGUUUACUCACGUACAUUAAUGGAGAAAAGCUCUACUAGUUUCGAGUCACAGAGGGACUCUUCAUCAUGAGCAGCGUGCGCAGAUGCGACGACGUCGCGCGGCCUACUGAUUUGAUGACAUUAAUGUACGUGAGUAAACCGUGAUUUUAGUUAAAAUAAAAUAUUUGUACCAAAUCAAAGAUUUUUAGUUAAUUUUGUAUGUCUCACUAUAGUUAUAAUAAAAAAUAUUUUAUUAUUGACUGUAUUAAAAUUAAUAUUUUAUCAUCGGGUUGUAGUGUGGUUGUUACCAAUAAUACAUAUCUAACAUGAAGUCAAGACAAUUGUAUCGAAAACUAUUCAGCUGUUUAGGAGUAUUUUUGUCUAAUUCAUCCUCAAAUCUAAAUAGCAAGAAGUAUUGCAAAAAAAAUAAUACUAACAACACGUUUUCAAGUUUAAAAAGAAAUUAUAAAUUAAUAAACUAAUGUUUUGUGAAAUGAGAAUAUUCAAGUUUAUACCAGUGUGCAAUAUUGUAUAUUCAAUCUAUUAUAAUUAUAAAUGAUAAAUCAAUGUAUGUAGAUAUAAAUAGGGUCAAUUUCAAUAAAAGACAAUCAUUUCUAUAUUUUUAAUGAUGAUUGCAAUCAUUUAUUUAUUGCAUUUCACAUAAUAUCAAUAGCCUAUAAGUGGCCACUGCUGACCAAAGGCCUCCUCUCACAAGGCUUAAGCAUUAAUCACGACGCUUGCUUAAUGCAGGUUGGCGAUUUCAAACUUAUAAAUUAGAAAUUAUAAGCCCAGGUUUCCUCACGAUGUUUUUCUUCACCGUUUGUCAGUGGUGUCUAAAUAAUCUUAGAAAGUACCAGAUAACUUGGAAAAGUCUUGGAAAACAUUGAUACUUGCCGUUGGUAGGUUUAGAGUCCGCACUCUCAUGUAUGAGAAGCGGGUCUUAAACCUCUGAGCCACCACGACGCCUUUUCACAAGCUACUUCUUGCUCAAGCUACAACGCAAGUUCAAAGUUGCGAAUUCGCCGUUUCAUUUUGCUGUGUUUACCUGUCUUCCACAACGUAAUUUAAAAAACAUUUUUAAUGUAUAUUAUUUUACGUAUAAUUGACAUAAAUUCGAAGCACUAUAGUAUAACAUGUAUGAUAUAAAUUGUAAUUGUAAUAUAAAAUUAACGAAAAGACUGUUACAAUUUCUUCUAUUAUAAAUAAAUGAUAAAUAAAUAUAAAUAAUUUGCUUCCUUACCUAUAUAUUCGAGAUUAUGAUCUUAUUUAGUUCUAAGUAGUAAUUGUAUCGUGGUGCAUUUGUGUAAUUAACUUAUUGUACUUUGA